GCGGGUACGGAUCGCGUUCUCCUGUCUUGGCCUUCUUUUCCCUCGAUAUUACGAUAAUAAUUUGACGGUAACGUGUGAAAGAAAACCCGCAUCGAGAGAGAGCCAGUCGGAUUCAACACGGAUCAGCGCGCAUCUUUGAAAUUAACGCCCGAGAUUGUUACGGCAGAGAAUAUCUCAUUGUGGAGGGAAGCGACCGACCCAGACGACAUGGGCAUGUUACGUCGAGCAAACGCCACGACGUUAAUGGAAGCGAUAACGUGACAAAGAUCGAGGUGGAGCUCAGAGAGGCACCGGACGCUGUCGUCGGAUCCAUGUCAUCGGAAUUGGAAGCCGCCACCGAACUUAAUUCGACCUUUCCCGAUGGAACAGGUGCGGUAGUGGUGCGCGCCGAGGAGGCCCUGAUCGUCAUCCUCGUCCUGGUCCUGUGGGUGGCUGCGAUCGCCCUAUUUUUCAAUCGAUGGGGCAAGAUCCGCAUGCUCGAGCCGUAUCAGCCGAAAUUUCAGCAACAACACAGACAAAGCUGCAGCAUAGUCGACCCAACUCCAAUUCAGCAUCGGAGCUACUCGAAGUUCAAUAUCCAUUGUCUGGAGCAUCCGAUAAGCUACGUUUCGGCGGAUGGACCGGUUGCCAGGCUGCGGCAAAACAGCGUGUUCGUGGGUUCGAGCGCGUCGCUACUGUUGUCCAGCCAGGAGACACCUAGACGAGCCAAGAGCGCGUUCGAUCUGCAGUCAUUGGUACAUGCGGAGGUCGCAGAUGAAGAAGAGCGCGACGGGGACACUCUGAGGACUCUCAGAUCCAUCGGCGAGACGUCGCGACUGUUGCAACGCGAUCGUCGACCCAGCGUUUAUCAGUUCGACCGCAUGGACGUUCUGGCGAGGCCGACGGUACAACGGGAACGCGGCAUGAGUAUCUGUCAGUUCGACCGGACGGACGUUCUGGCGAGGCCGCUGCAGCGCGAUCGCGGCAACAGCAUCUGUCACUUUGACAGGACGGACGUUCUGGCAAGGCCCACGUUCCCGUCCGGCAAGUCCCUGCUGCGGGAGAGACGCGUCAGCGUGUGCAACUUCCUAGAGAGGUACGAGGAUCCGUCGUCCAAUAGGAAUCUGCAACGGGAUCGGCGAUUGAGCGUGAGCAAUGUCGACAAGAUCGAGACUCUGGGAAGAUCCUUGUCGCCCAGAGACUUCCGCAGUAGCGUCAACAACGCGUUCGACAACAAUCGACAGGAUAGUCUCGCGAGAUGUAGCGCGAUCAUAGAAAGGAACAGCUCCGUGCAUCAUUUCGAUCGUCCAUCCUGCAGCAAAACGCCCGACGUCGUUCUCGGAUAUAAAGCGACGUGCGUUUAAUCCGCGGGCUACACCGUGCCGAACCAAGGAAAUCACCAUAAUGCCAUAACGCCAUUCUCCGACAACGAUCUCCAGUCCCAGAGAUCUACUUUGGACGAAAUACGGCUGUGAUUAUUCCUUUGGUUAUUUGCUCUUCGCCUCUCUCGACAUCUUUACCGCCUACUCUCUAAAAAUGAAUCA